UAAGCGGCAAAGCACACCCUAGGCAAAGCGCGUUUCCUGGAAGCCGGCUCCAUCAAGGACCAUUUGUGGUCCCAUCGAUUCCUCUGACGCAUGCACAAAUGACAAUGCACAUCCCUCCAAACAAGUCACCCGUCCUUGACCUUCCUUUUGUUGGGGGUUGCGAAUUGAUUCUCGGCAGGAUGGAGUGCAUAUGCCGUCGUCUCCGCGGGAAAAGUGGCUCAUCAAAGUCGUCGUCACUCCGCAGUGGCACACUUAAUAUAAUCUACCAAUCUGGUGACUGUAUCGUCUUAUACAAGUGCGCAAGUCUGCCCAUAAAGUGUGGCGUUUGGUAUCGUGGCCGAACCUUCCGUCCAUUCUUCCUUCACCGGUGUAGAACCUUCAAGAGGAAGGGAUUUUUCAUUAUUUGCCCCAGUUUGAGUCUGGGAUUAUGGAGCCAGACAAGGGAAAGAUUAUUGGGAGCGCCAGAAAAGUUCCACACAAACAUGGCGAGCCGACAGCAUAUCGCGGAAGGUGAUUCGCAGAAGGCAGCUGGUGGUGUGAAGGGCGCUAACGGUGGUUCCUCUCGUAUCCUUGGUUGGUCCUGGAUACAGCGGUAUCAAAUGUGGGUAUGCCAGGUUUAUCAAAGAAUGAUCACAUCAUUGAUCGUUGUUUCCGCCAUUUCCGGUUAGACUGGCGAUUAGAUUAAACUAGGCGCUGGAGAGAAACGGGUUCUGCAAAGGCAAAUUGGUUCGUGUUAUUCACAGAGGCAGAAGUCAAAACUACUCAGGAAAAGCCACUCAUCUCGAAAUCAUGGACCAGGCGACGCGCCCAGCCAUGGACGCCCUUUUGUCUAUUGGUCACAGCCACCAUCAUACUUCGGAGAUUCGAAUGAUCGGUUGUCCUUGCGUAACGGCGAUUUGACAGGUUGGAAAC